AUGGACAAACUGCGCAAUGCAAACAGCGAAUCAAGUGUCGGGCACGUUUUCGAAUGCACCGCCAGUCGGCGGUCCGUUUUUGACAGCCGUGAAAAAGCGUCGUUUUAUCGCGGUACGACCGAGCGCAGUGGAGGACUCGCUGCUGAUGCGUGCUACUUCAACGCCGUGUUCAACGACAGCUCUGAAACGUACGACGACCAACAGCAGGAUAGCAGGAUCGAGAGUGUCACACCAGCAACCCGAUCGAUUGACUCAACCGACAACAGUGACUCGACGACGAUGGUACGCGUGCGAGUCGAACCAGUGGUCAACAACACCGCUGAUGGUGGGCAACAUUUUCGCCGCAGCCACUCGAUGCGAUCGUCCUUUAACUCGUUGCGUAGUUUACGCACGAAGCUGAAACCAGGUGGAAACGCCACCGGAAGCACGGUCAGCUCGUGUAGUGCAAGGAUGGCUUACGCUCACCUACCGACCGUGGGUGAUCUAGCGAGGUCUCCUUCGAUCAACAACACCUCCACCACCAGUAGCGGCAGUACCAACACCAGCAAGCGCUCCAAAGAAUCAUUUUUCCGGCCCAGCAACGAUGACGUACGGCGCAGUCUACGACACAAGCUGCACAAGCUAAAGCUCACGUAUCAGGAGCUGCGCCGUUUGCAGACGAAGGUGUUGCAGGAAAAUCGCACUCCAGAAGUGGCCAGUACCGACAACGGUGCGAUACCGAUACGCCCCGAUGGAGUGCCUCUCCCGGAAAAUGUACCCCCAAAGGCGGCCGCCUUGCUGGUGGAAGGAUUUUCCCGUGCGAACGCCACUCAAGGCUCGCUGAAAGUUCACCGACGGCCAGCCGAGUCGAACGUCGCCGUAAUCGGGGUGGUACGGCCUAACCCACCCAGGGAUAAGGAACAUCCAGCACCGGAAUCGAAGCUAACGGUGGUCAGAAAACAGCAACCGCAAGAAGCUGCACCACGAGCAGCAGGAAUUGCGGUGUCCGGCGAGCAGAAGGUGACGGUCAAUAUCGAAGGAACGGACCGAUCCGUUGACCAGCAAGCACCGGCAUCAGAAGGAGCUCAGCCGGAGCGCCAACUUGCUAUUUCGAGGACGGCUACCAUACGGAAAGGAUCCGUGUGGGCGAACAGUAGCACCAAAAUCAGUCUUCCGGAGCUGGUGACGAGGUCACUAUCGAACCUCGAGCUUCCGAGCUGCCGCAUUCCCUGUCCAACCAUAUCCCGGUCCGGUGCGGAACCACCGUCUCCCGAGCGUCAAUCCGGUGCCAGCUCGAGCUGCUCGCUGUCCACGAUCGAAACGCAAACAACGGCCACGGCCUCGGUCCUGUCCCUGCCCGUUACCGUCGCAACCGCCAGCGCCUGCUCGCUGACCUACGAAGAUGAGGUGUGCCGAAGUCCGGGCCGCAAAACCCCAAAAAGCUCCCCAUUCGGUUCCCUGCUGGCAGCGGUCACCUCGCCCGUACUGAGCCGCAUCUCGAGCGCCAGCUCGCCCAACCUCUCAAGCAGCUCCUCCGCCGCUUCCGGUAGCCGGAUGGAGUACCUUUUGCCCCACCAACAACACCCGCCCGGUGCGGGCCCAGGCUCGGCAAUCGCACCACAGGCUCGCCCACAGACUCAUUCGCCGAAAAUCGUGAAGAAAACGCGCCACCUCUCGACCAGCUCCGCCGAGGAGGGAACCGUGAUGGCGGACGCUUCCGGUGCCACCCUUAAGGGCCGUGUAGCGGAAGCAGAACGGAACGCUCGGAACGCGCAACAUUUGCUGCUGCGCUCGAACCGGCUCACCGUGAGUGAUGGGCGCGAUUUGAGUAGCAUCGCGUCGAUGGCUAACACCACUACGACCACGUCCGUCGAUGUCCUGGCGGUGCACAACGCCAAGAGCGUGUCGCCGCUGCCCGGAUACCAGCAGCAGCAACACUCGGUGGCCGCACCACCGUCCUACUGGAAGCAGAAGAAACUCCCGAACAAGAAGCAACACAAGCAGCUACAGGCGCAGCUAGACAAGCUGACCCAAAUUAACAUUCAUCUGCACGCACUCUUUUCGGCCGUCGAGCAUGGCCAUCUGGAAAAGGCACGCACGAUCCUGGAAAGCACGGACGUGGACGUUAACAGCCUCAACAGCGAUGGUCUCACGCCGCUGGACGUGGCCGUGCUCAGCAAUAACCGUUCGAUGACCAAGAUGCUGCUGCAGCAGGGCGCCAUCGAGAAUGCACAUUCUGUUCACGCGGCCAACAGCAACAUGGGCCUGCACCUGAACAAUCUCCUCUGCGACGCCGAAGCGACCGUACACGAGCUGGGAAACUUCGACGGUAACCAGGCGGCCGCAACCGGAAACGACCGCCCCGGUUCCGGAACCAACGCCAGCAAAACGGCCUUCUCGAACAUCAUUGGCAGCAGCGGUCCAUCGGUAACGAGUUGUACUGGUAGCGAAAUCGACAAGCAAGUCGGCUUGUGGGAGCGCCGCGUAAAAGGACUACGGCGGAUGAUACUCGGUUGGGAGCAGACGAAACCACCCGACGUCCCUAACCGAAUCGACAUCGACGUGACCGGGUGCAGUGCGGUCAGCUUGCGGUUGUACGAGCCGCUAGAAGGUGCCAUAACUACCAAAUUCAAAGUGCAAUGGUCAUCUAGGUCGGACUUCAGCAACGUGGUGGGUGAGCGAGAUAUUAGCGAAUGGUGCAGCUUCCACGGGUGCAUGGGUGCCGUCUGCAAUCUCAACGAGCUCAUCCAGGGCCGGCGGUACUUCUUUCGAGCCUGUGCUGGCAACGUGAAAGGCUGGGGACCCUACAAACAAUCCGUCCCAAACUGCGUUGUCCCAUCGAGCUGGCGUGACGUUGAGGGUCGAGACAACCGCUUCGUGGGCAAGCAACGCAAUCUGGAUGAGCUGUUCAACGCCGUCCGGCUGGCCCGGCCCGAAGAUGCGUCCGAGAUCGCGCUGGACGGUGGACAGCAGCAGAAGAGAGCGACAAAAAAGAAAACCACCAUCAAGCAGCUGUUUUCGGCGGCGUCCAAAUUCCAGAAAAAUCUUAAACGGGGUAUCUACUUAGCCUGCGUGCUGUACCACGAGGAUAAGCUACUGCUCACCAAUGAAGAUUUCGUCCCGGUAAUUGAGAUUGAUGAAACCUUCACCAGCAACCUACACACGGAUUUCUACUGGCUGAUGAAGGUGGCAUGUACAUGGGACGACGUGAAGUUGCUGCGCAUGGACAUGGAGCGAAACGCAUCAUCGGCGAUACACUUCCGCACGAAACUGCUGUCGGCCGCAUGUCAGAUGCAAUCCGCACUAUCGAUAACCGAUCUGGGACAAUUAUUCUAUCGGCCUUUACGAGACGUCCAUGGCACGGUCGUCCUGUCUUGUGUAAACUGUAUUAAGAGUCCUAAAGCGGUGUCGGUGCUCAACUCGCGGUGGAUACCACUGAAUAAAAUCCACAAAAAACUUGCCCUCUCAACGGAGGACAGCAACAUCAACGAAAUCCUGAUGAACUCAAUUCAGGAGCAGAUUAACUACCAUCAAGUGUCCAACAUUCGUCUCUCGCGCGGUUUGUACGUCGGUUAUCUCAAGAUGCAGAGCUCGGUUGAUGUGAUCCAAGUAGUGGUACCGGUGAAAGCACCUAAUGUGCUACCGCACUGCAAAAUACGCGACAAUCCUCACAUAUCGGCCGAGGAAUGGGAAUUGAUCAAACAACACAAGCCCUCCAGCAUUUUGGAAUUCCGACCUAAACAGCAAGGUCCCACCGAAGUGCAGCUACAUUUUCUCGAAAUGCUCACGAAAGCCGUCCAUAACCUGUUCCAGUACAUGGACAUCCCGGUGGACGUGGCAGUCGCCCAUCGCCUGUACGACGUCGAGGUGAUCGAACUCAACCCUGACGUGAGUUUUCUGAUCAUUUGUCCACCCGCCGAGAGUAGCUGUGCUGUCCCAGGGCAGAAGGAGAGCCUAUUGCAGCGUGGCGACCUGUUCUCUAUGCCCAUUCAGGCCUUCGAGAUGAUACAUCUCAAAACGUAUCAGGGUAGCAUCAUCCAGAAGUACUCACGGUUGUCCUGCAUCCUGGAGCUCGACACCAUGCUCGCAAACCAUUUGCACCGAGAAGCGUUUAGCAGCUCCGAGCUGCAGAAGGCAAAGGACCGGUUGGCCAAGUUGCAGGAACUUUCGGGGGGUUUAAAUACGAUCUGGAAAGGUGUCCGGUGGUUGAUGGAUGUGAUCGGUUACGCUCGAGAUCGCGCCAACAUGCCCGAGCUGAACAUGAAGCAAAUACUGGAAUACAAGACGACAUAUUUUGGAAAGCUGCCCAAAGGUGGCAAUGGUACCGAUAAUAAAAAAGGUGGUAGUGAAACGCAGUUGCUCCAUCCACCAAACGCUGGUGUAAACAGCUUCCACAAGAGCAGUCCAGGGCGGGGAUCGUGGCCUGGACCUGCAGUAGAGAACACACUUGGUCACAACGGGCUUCUCGAUGCGGAGCAUUCCAAGUCCGAACAGCUGUUGAAGUACAACAGUGUGCGAUUUUUGAACGUGAGUCAGGCUGGUUCGCGAAAGAACAGUGCCGACUCCAAUUCAGUCGCGACGCACAGCAGCUACUACUCGGUGACAGGCGUGGAACCCGAGAAAGAAUUCGUCGUCGUACCUCGGUUACCUCCAUCGCGCUCCGAAGAUACGCUUAACAGCUCCCAUCAUCACCAUUCGUCUGAUAACGGCGGAGGAAAGAUGAGCACGUCUGGGGUAGGCCUGCCCGGUGGAGGCGCAGGAAGUAAGAAACGACCCCCAACUAUAUACUCCAGCUUUUCGGCCACUUCCAGUCCGCUACUGAAUGUUCGCUCUCCAUUCCUAGUACCAGUGGUUCCGGCCACUGCUCCGGUAACGUCAACCAAGAUCGUACCUACCGUAGAAGAUCUGGAAAACACCAACAAUCAACAACCCGGUGUAGCCUCUAGCCAAACAGUACUGGUCACGGCGGGAAGCACGGUACCGUUCAAACUGCUAGCGAAAAAAUCUCGCGAUCAGGCGCUGAAGGCGAUCAACUUUAUCGAGCGCGAACAACAACAAGAAAUGGAGAUUUUUGAGGAAACUAAACCCAUCUUAACGACGACGUACCUUAAACCAACGCUAGCGGCACUACAAAAUGAAACAAAAUCCUACCAAUCAUCAGAUAAUGCGGAUCAUCGUGAAACAGUUGCAGCCCCAACAUCCAUACCAUCAUUGGAACCGGCUAAUCACGGUUCUACUGCGCUAGCGGUAGAAAAAUCGUUACAAGCGACGGCCACCACCGAUCCGGAACCAAGCGGCUCAGAACCGGCGACGGAAGGUGCCGUUGGUGGCGGCGGUACUUCAACCACCAGUAUUUUGCAAGUGUAUGCGGCCUACGAGACGGGUCUACCGAGCGGGACUUCGUUGAAGCUGCGCGUAACGCCAAAGACGAGCGCACGUGAAGUGAUCGAUUUGGUCGUAAAGCAGCUAAACAUGGCGGUGGUUUUGAAAGGGCGCGAAGGGCCCAUCUACACCGCGGAACGACUAGAUAACUUCUGCCUCGUGGCAGUGAUCGGAGCGCGAGAACGUUGUCUUCGGGACGACUUCCGACCGCUACAGCUGCAAAACCCGUGGCGCAAGGGACGUCUGUACGUACGCCAGAAACACGAUCUACUGGCCGCCAUCGAACAUUCCAACCGAGAGACGGCGGAUAUAUAA